AUGAGCACAAUAGCAGAGAACCAUUCCGAAUCUACACCCUCCAAACCCAGCCCUGCCCCCAGUACUGCGGGCUCCACGGGUACAUCGGGCAUCACCGUGCGCGGUGCCUCAAACGGACACAUGAGUUUCAGAAGACAACGUGCGUCGCGUGCUUGUGAGGUCCGUUGCGAUGCUGCCAGUCUAGGUGUGCCUUGCACCAACUGCGUAGCUUUCUCGAUCGAGUGCAAGAUCCCUACCCCGAAACGCAAGAAGAACCAGACCAAAUCAAAGGAUACCAACAGCGGGAACGAUGAGCAGAACGAGGACAGCCAAGAGAAGCAGGAGACAUCGCCGAGUGACGUCCCGGAUGGCAAGAAUGCUUUUGGGUACGGCAAGAACCGCAUGGCUGUUGACGGAAUGCCAGUGACCACCCUCUCCGAAUCGCAGGCGGCUCAGCAAGCGUCUCAGAACAAUGCGUAUGCUCAAUUCAUGAAGCCGAAGUUUGCCCGUGCCCCUAUCAAGGAAGCCGGGAGGGUUGCCUAUCUUGGAGAGUCGUCGAAUCUGUCGCUACUGGUUCAAGAUCGCCAUGGCACGACAGAUGUGGUGCACUAUCCCCUGCCGCCGAACAUCCGCGGAUCUCGCGCCCGGUUAACGGACCUUGACAACCUUGAGCUCGACAUACUCCACCAGCGUGGCGCCUUUCUACUGCCGCCCAAGCCUCUUUGUGACGAGCUUGUCGAGGCCUACUUUAAAUGGGUCGCCCCUGUGGUCCCCAUUGUCAACCGCAGUCGCUUCAUGCGGCAUUAUCGCGACCCGAAGAAUCCACCGUCCUUACUCCUUCUCCAGGCUAUCCUUCUCGCAGGCUCGAGGGUGUGCACGAAUCCCCAACUCAUGGACGCCAAUGGUUCAACGACGCCUGCCGCCAUGACAUUCUACAAACGGGCCAAAGCACUCUAUGACGCCAACUAUGAAGACGACCGUGUCACGAUUGUUCAGGCCCUGGUUCUUCUAGGCUGGUACUGGGAAGGCCCCGAAGAUGUGACCAAGAACGUAUUCUACUGGACUAGGGUGGCAAUGGUUGUUGCACAGGGCUCGGGUAUGCAUCGAAGCGUGGAAAGUUCUCAACUCACGAAACCGGACAAGAGGUUAUGGAAGCGUAUUUGGUGGACUCUCUUUACGAGAGAUCGCUCCGUCGCAGUCGCGCUGGGGCGGCCCAUUGGGAUCAACACGGAUGAUUCCGACGUGGGCAUGCUGACAGAGGAUGACUUUAUUGAGGAUGAGAUCGAUAUCGCUGCCGAGUACCCGCCGGACCCCGUGCAUGUGCAGUUCUUCCUCCAAUACGUCAAGCUUUGCGAGAUCAUGGGCCUGGUCCUCUCCCAACAAUAUUCGGUGGCAUCCAAAUCUCGAAGGAUGAACGCCAUGGAUCUGACGCAUUCGGAUAUGGCUCUGGCGGACUGGCUCCAGAACUGUCCUAAGGAGGUAUGCUGGCAACGGUCACGGCAUCACUUCCUGGCGGCCCUCCUCCAUGCAAACUACUAUACCACACUCUGUCUACUGCAUCGUGCGCACAUGCCACCUGCCUCGUCGGCGCCAAAUAGCUAUCGUGUCGAGGAGAUGGCGUACCCUUCGCGAACCAUUGCUUUCCAGGCUGCGGGUAUGAUCACCUCUAUUGUGGAGAAUUUGCAGACACAUCAGGAGAUCCGGUAUACUCCUGCAUUCAUUGUCUACAGUUUGUUUUCCGCCUUGAUCAUGCAUGUCUAUCAAAUGCGGUCGUCGGUACCGUCGAUUGUGGCCACCUGCCAGGAGAGAAUCAACAUCUGCAUGCAAGCCCUGAAAGACGUAUCCAAGGUUUGGCUCGUGGCGAAGAUGGUUCACACGUUAUUCGAGUCUAUUCUGGGCAACAAGGUUCUUGAAGAACGUCUGCAGAAAGCCGCCGGCAAGAGACAUCAGAGGGUGCGACCCGAGGCGACUCACCAACACCCCGCGAAGAAACCCGAACCUCCGAAACGCAAGUUUGAUGACAUGGAUAUCGGCUUUCCUAACGGAGGCCCGACACCCCCAGUUUCAUACGAACGGUCUCGACCGCAGACACCUGCCGUCACGCCGUCGAGAGAGCUGGGGCAACCCCCGGGAAUCAGCGUGCCACAAGGGUCCCCUAGCGCCCCGCACAGCACAAUUCCGGGCAACUCCCGAAGCAAUACUCGACCCACCACUCCGUUCAACGGUCAUUUCUCCCUGCCUGCGACCCCGCCGGACCUGUUCCUCGUCACACGCACUUCGCCCAAUCUUUCCCCAUCGCUUUGGGAAAACUUCCAGCCUGAGCAGUUGUUCCCGGAUGGGACAGCCAUAUUCCCUGAGCUGACAUCCCCGCACACCCAGACAGUCGAUCCCCAGUUACAGAUGCAACCACAGAUGCAACCACAAGGCCUGCCACAACGUCCCAUGAUGAUGAACCAAGCCACGCACAUGCCUGGUCGCAGCAUGUCGAUUUCGGGAGCACAAGGGAGUCCCGAACUUUUGUCGGGCAUGCCUCCUGGGAUGGGCAUGCAGGGUGUACAGCCACAGCAGAUGUUUGGUUUGGAGAAUCAACAUGGCUGGCCAAUGCAGGGCUUAGAUGCGCCGAUGAGUGCCACGAAUGUCGACCAUGCGAGCCAGGAUGACAACUGGAGUAGCAGCUCACGGAGUGGGCCGACGGCGCCAACGACUCUGAACGUGGAAGACUGGUUCCAAUUUUUCGGCAUCAAUGGAAGCUUUGGAGAGAUGAUCACAUGA